AUGACGCCAUAGCGGCGGGAGUCCCAGUUCAGCCGACUUGGGCUGACGGGCCAGCCAUGGGACGCGCGCGUUCGGUUGGCAAACUUGUCACGGUCCGUAAGACCCGAGGACGAGCGCCGGGUGGCGGCUGAAGGACGCGGCGUGUGGCCUCUUGCACCGAGAAACCCGAGGCGCCGAUGCCUAGUUCCCAGAUGGGAAGCGUCGGGCGGUCGGCCCUUCGGCCCUGGCCCACCUGCGGUCGCUCUGGUUUUUGAGAGCGUGAAGUGCCUCGCGGGUGCAAAGUUUCCCACUCGGGGGUCCAGGCCUGAGAAGAGUGGAUAUGGCCAGUAUCACCCAGCUCUUCGAUGACCUCUGCGAGGCUCUCCUACCUGCUGCCCAGGCUCGCCCGGGCCAGCGCAGCGUGAAUAGGAAGAGGGCAAAGCUGAGCCUUAAGCGGGUAGCCUACAAUGCUCUUUUCGCAAAUCUUUUCCAAGAGGAGACUCAUCAGCGCCAGCCCGACUCGUCGAAGCUCCCAGUGAAAAACAAGGUCCUCAUGCUGUCCUUUGAUUUGAGGGUGGGCGGCUUGGGGCCAGAGGCCGACCGUUUGGAGGAGCUUGUGGAGAAGCUGGAAGCAACCCCUGGCUGUCCUCUUGUGGAGGUGGAGUCAGUGCUGGACCUCUUGGUUCAGCUGGCAGGGAGCGGCCCUCCUCAAGUGCUGCGGAGAAAACGGGAUUACUUCUUUAACAACAAGCACGCAGGCAGAAACGUACCCUACAGCGGCUACGAUUGCUAUGACCUGAGUGUGUUUGAAAUGGACGUUCGGUCACUUAUCUCUGGAGAGGAGUAUUUGUGUCAUAACAUGGUCCAGGAAGCAGUUCAAGUGAUGGAGGCUGCCCCAGGCACUGGCCUGCCCACUGUUGGGCUCUUCUCAAUUGGUGACUCUUGUGGUGACAGGUUUGAGAGAGACACCCGGGUCUCACUCUUUGGUGCCCUUGUGCACAGCCGCACAUAUGACAUGGAUGUGCGUCUGGAUCUGCCCCCUGUGCCGGACAGCGCAGACAUUUCUGGACUGGCCAUUAAGGUCCCACAGUUUGUGGAUCAGUGGGAAGAUGAAGGGUUCCAAUCAGCUUCCAAUUUAACUCCUGACUCCCAGUCUGAACCAAGCAUGACCCCGGACUUGGACCUGUGGGAAGCUGUGCUCACAUAUGAAGCCAGCAAGCGGAGGUGCUGGGAGCGCAUUGGAUGCCCCCCUGGUCACCGAGAGGAGCCCUACCUCACCGAGGCAGGGAGGGAUGCCUUUGACAGGUUCUGCAGGCUCUGUCAUGGAGAGCUACAGGCCCUCAGUGGGGGUCUACUGCAGGCCCCCAAGCCUGUGCUGGUGGAGGAAAGCGAGCUGGUGAAAGACUCGCUGAAUGUUCUGCUGGGUGUGGUGUCUGCUACGUUUUCUCUUUGUCAGCCAACACAAGCCUUUGUAGUGGAGUUGGGUGUCCACGUGUCAGGUGCAUCUCCCGAGAGCAUCAGCAGCAUCCUUUCAGAGGUGGCCGAGUAUGGAACCUACUACACACGCCUGAGCCACUUCUCUCUACAGCCUGUCGUAGGCUCCUUGUGCAGCAGGGGCCUUGUGUUCCAGGCCUUCACCAGCGGCCUUCGGAGGUACUUGCAAUAUUACCGGGCCUGUGUUCUCUCCACUCCGCCUACCCUGAGUCUCCUCACCAUUGGCUUUCUCUUCAAGAAACUGGGCCGGCAGCUCAGGUACUUGGCUGAGCUUUGUGGUGUUGGCACUGUAUCCCUGGCAACCAGUGGAGAACCCAGGCCUGUGUUCCCCACUGGAGUGAAGCUUCUGUCCUACCUCUACCAGGAGGCACUGGAUAACUGUAGUAAUGAGCACUAUCCUGUGUUGCUGUCCCUGCUGAAGACCAGCUGUGAGCCCUACACACGGUUCAUCCAUGAUUGGGUGUACAGUGGAGUCUUCAGAGAUGUUUAUGGGGAGUUCAUGAUUCAAGUUAACCAUGAGUACCUCAGCUUCCGGGACAAGUUUUACUGGACCCAUGGCUACGUGCUCAUUUCCAAAGAGGUGGAGGACUGUGUUCCCGUGUUCUUGAAACAUAUUGCCCAUGAUGUGUACGUCUGUGGGAAGACCAUCAACCUGCUCAAGCUCUGCUGUCCCCGGCACUAUCUCUGUUGGUCUGACGUCCCUGUUCCUCGUAUCUCGGUGAUCUUCUCUCUCGAGGAGUUGAAGGAGAUCGAGAAGGACUGUGCUGUCUACGUUGGGCGGAUGGAGAGAGUUGCCCGUCACAGCUCCAUCAGCAAGGAGGAAAAGGAAUUACGUAUGGAAAUUGCAAAACAAGAACUAAUUGUCCAUGCCCGGGAAGCAGCAUCUCGGGUCCUGAGAGAGCUGAGUGACCGGCAGAUGUCAGAACAGAUGGCUGUGGACACCAGGAAGCGAGAGCAGUUUCAGCGGCUGAAGGAACAGUUUGUGAAGGAUCAGGAGCGACGCCUGGCGGCUAGACAAGAGGAGCUAGAUGAUGAUUUCAGCUAUGCCCGUGAGCUCCGUGACCGGGAGAAGAGGCUCAAGGCCCUGGAGGAAGAGCUGGAGAGGAAGGCCAGGCAGGCACUGGUUGACCAUUAUAGCAAGUUGUCUGCAGAGGCAGCUCGCCGAGAGCAGAAGGCCCUGUGGAGAAUCCAGAGGCACCGGCUAGAGAGCGCACGCCUCCGUUUCCUCCUGGAGGACCAGAAGUGCAUUCAGGAGAUGCUGAGAGACAUGGAGGCUCACCCGCCCCAGGAGCCGCUGAGCGUGGUCCCAAGCACCUGCUCUCAGGUCCCAUCUCCAGAUCCUCAGCAUGCAGAUGAAGGCCAUAGCUGUGAUCUGGGGUCUGCAGAACUGCAUUGGGAUCAUCCAAGUCCACCAAGUGCAUCAACACCAUCAGCCCUCCAGUCUGCAGCAGAGGGAGCUGAUGACCCUGGUGCUGGGCAGGCAGAGGGAGCUGGGCCAUUCUCUCCUGGUCUCAGCAUCACAGACUUUCUGCCCACGGGCCCUGGGGCUGAACAGCCUGUGGAUAACACUGGAGCUCCCUUCUUAGAGAUGGCACUGCAGACCAUCUGUUCAGACCUGUCCCCUGUAACUCCUGGGCCAGCACUCACAGCAGCUGGCUCCCAGCCUACCCAGUCAGAGUAUGAUUUCAAUACCAUCCUGAGGCCAGCUAUGGCCACCUCCUCUUCACCAGGACCCUUGCAGGAUGUCCAAAAGAGUUUGGACAGUGAAAAGCAACAUCUAUUGGGGGACAUGCCCACAAAACUGGAUGCAUGUGUCCAUGACAUGCAAGAGACUUUGCCUUGCCCACAUCCACUCAAGCAUGUCACUUCUGAGGAGGGGACCUUCCAGCCUGUGGGGCAGCUUCUUGAACACAUAUCAGGGACUGCUGUCCCUGCAGAGAGCCUUGCUUCUGGAAUGGCUCCUUGCCAGCCACUUAGCAUUUCCAGAUGCGUGUCAGAUGCCAGCACCAAGCAGGGGGACUAUAUGUCAGACGUGGCUCUUCCUCAGCCACAGUGGAACAUCCAUGGACAUCUGUCAGAUGCCAGCACUGGAGCUGGGGAGAAUGUGUCAGAAGUGGCUCCUUCUAGGCCACGGUGGAAUGUCCGUGGACACGUAUCAGAUGCCAGCAUCAAGGUUGGGGAGAAUGUGUCAGAUGUGACUCCUUCCCGGCCACGGUGGAACAUUCAUGGUCAUGUGUCAGAUGCCAGCAUCAAGGUUGGGGAGAAUGUGUCAGAUGUGACUCCUUCCCGGCCACGGUGGAACAUUCAUGGUCAUGUGUCAGAUGCCAGCAUCAAGGUUGGGGAGAAUGUGUCAGAUGUGGCUCCUUCUCGGCCACGGUGGAACAUUCAUGGACACGUGUCAGAUGCCAGCAUCAAGGUUGGGGAGAAUGUGUCAGAUGUGACUCCUUCCCGGCCACGGUGGAACAUUCAUGGACACGUGUCAGAUGCCAGCAUCAAGGUUGGGGAGAAUGUGUCAGAUGUGGCUCCUUCCCGGCCACGGUGGAAUGUCCACGGACAUGUGUCAGAGGCAAGCAUCAGGAUUGGGGAAAAUGUGUCAGAUGUGGCUCCUUCCCGGCCACGGUGGAACAUUCAUGGACACGUGUCAGAUGCCAGCAUCAGGAUUGGGGAGAAUGUGUCAGAUGUGACUCCUUCUCGGCCACGGUGGAAUGUCCACGGACAUGUGUCAGAGGCAAGCAUCAGGAUUGGGGAGAAUGUGUCAGAUGUGACGACUCCUCGGCCACGGUGGAAUGUCCAUGGACAUGUGUCAGAUGCCAGCAUCAGGAUUGGGGACAGUGUGUCAGAAGAGGCUCUUCAACCACAUGGAUGUACUCAGCCUCCCUUGAUUCUGGAGGAGCCCUUGCCAGAAGCUGAGCCUGAUCCACUCAGGCCCCAUCAGUGCCCUCCUGCCUGUGUGUCCCCAUCAGGCCUUCAUGUGGAAGCACAGAGCCUUGUUCAGGAAAGUGGGCCACAACUACCUGGAGAAACGAAGCCUACCAUCUGUUCUAGCCUUGGCAGCACAGAAGAAUGUAGCCUACAGACCAAGCCCCCUGUUGUGGCUGAGCCUAGCAUGCUGGGAAAUGGCAUCCCUGAAGAGACAGGUCCAGGGAGGAGUAGGGAUGCAGAAGACCUCUCUCCAUGGCCUCCAAGCUCACAGGAAGAUACAGCCCAAGGCCCUAGUGAGGAGGUCUCGGACACAGAGGCUGAGGCCAGACGCUGGGGCAAGGAGCAAGCCUAUUUGGCAGACCUCACAAAGCUCUACCACCUGGAGCAGUACCCAGACAGCUACGAAUCCAUGUCAGAGCCUCCUGUGGCUCACCUGGUCCAUCACAUGCUCCCCCAGGCCUUUGCUUUCCCCGUGGACCCCCAAGUUCAGUCAGCGGUGGAUGAGACUGCAGUGCAGCUAAGUGAGCUGCUCACGCUGCCUGUGCUUAUGAAGCGCUCGCUUACGGCACCUCUGGCUGCCCAUGUCAGCCUGGUGAACAAAGCUGCGGUCGACUAUUUCUUUGUGGAGCUGCACCUGGAGACACAUUUUGAAGCACUGCGCCAUUUCCUGCUGAUGGAAGAUGGAGAGUUCGCGCAGUCCCUUAGUGACCUGCUCUUUGAGAAGCUCGGGGCUGGACAGACGCCUGGGGAGCUGCUCAACCCACUGGUCCUUAACAGCAUCCUGAGCAAGGCACUGCAGUAUAGCCUCCAUGGGGACACUCCACAUGCUGCCAACCUGUCCUUUGCCCUCAAGUACCUGCCUGAGGUGUUUGCCCCGAAUGCGCCGGAUGUGCUGAGCUGUCUGGAGCUCAGGUACAAGGUUGACUGGCCCCUCAACAUCGUUAUCACCGAGAGCUGCCUGAACAAGUACAGUGGCAUCUUCUCCUUCCUGUUGCAGCUGAAGCUCAUGAUGUGGACACUCAAAGACAUCUGCUUCCACUUCAAGCGCACAGCCCUCGUGAGCCACACAGCUGGUUCAGUGCAGUUCCGCCAGCUGCAGCUGUUUAAGCACGAGAUGCAGCAUUUCGUGAAGGUCAUCCAGGGCUACAUUGCCAACCAGAUCCUGCAUGUCAGCUGGUGCGAAUUCAGGGCCCGGCUAGCUGUAGUAGGUGACCUGGAGGAGAUCCAGCGGGCCCAUGCCGAGUACCUGCACAGGGCUGUUUUCAGGGGCCUGCUGACCGAGAAGGCGGCACCAGUCAUGAACAUCAUCCAUAGCAUCUUCAGCCUGGUGCUCAAGUUCCGUAGCCAGCUCAUCUCCCAGAGCUGGGGCCCGGCUACUGGCCCCCGAGGUGCCGAGCACCCCAACUUCCCGCUCAUGCAGCAGUCCUAUAGCACCUUCAAGUACUACUCCCACUUCCUCUUCAAAGUAGUGACCAAGCUUGUGAACCGUGGCUACCAGCCCCACCUUGAGGACUUCCUGCUUCGAAUCAACUUCAACAACUACUACCAGGACUCCUGAGGACAGACAGGACCGUGGUGCUGCAUCCCGUUUGACCUGGCUACAGCAGUGAGCAUCCAGACAGACCUGGAAAAGCUGCUUUAUUUAGAGGCCUGGGAGAUUGAACAAAUGUCAGGCCCAGUCCUUUGGGGCAAGAUGCAGACAGGCUACAAGGCUUAUUCAGCCCUGUUUGCAUCGCUUAUAAGCAUGAGACUGAGUUCCUCUAUUGGCGUGAAGCACCAUGUGCUGGGGGCAUGUUGAGUGCUAGGCCAGGGCAGUGCUGCUAAGGUGGUCUCAGACAGAGACGGGUCAGGUUUUGACUGGAGAUCUCUGCCAUCAUGGAGAGACCGUGAGGGUAGGGAUCCCAGUGGUCUCAGCAACUCAGCAGCACUGGGGAAGCCUCGGGAGACUCCAGACAUGUGGAGGACACCGAGGCCUUUAUGAGGAUCAUGUUACACAGAGUUCUGCCGCCCAGAGGGGUGGCCUGCUGCUGUAGGAACACUGCUCAUCAGUGGUCCUUGCCGCUGCUUCAGGGCCUGUGGCCUCAGUGGCCACCUCUUCGCUGUAGUAAGGAGACUCUAGCAGCUUCAGGACACGGCGCACCUAGAGAACAGGUGAGAGGAAUUGGGAGUGGGGCAUACUUAAUGACCGCUCUUCCUCCCGGGACAUAACAGGCACAGGUGUGUGCUUACCUCGGAAAAGUCUCCGUUUUCAGCAGCUUCAAUGGCAUUCUGUGCAAUAUAGUUCCUUAGGAUGUA